UAAUAAUAAGCAUGGUUAAGCUCUUGAUUAAAAAGAUCAAAUUUAGCAACAUUCAGGAUGCAAACGGCACACCCUUUGGCACAAAGGUAGACCAGAUAAAUGUUACUCUCUCAGAUAAGUGAAGCACUGUAUUAAGUAACCUUAAAGACCAAUGGUCUCAAACAUGCCCUCAAAUGGUUGCAUGGAUUGAGGAUUCAGACAAACUUAAACUAAUGCUAACAGGAAAGAUUAUUGACUGGAACAAUACUUUCGCAGACUAUGCCAAGAUAAAGGAAGGAACUACUCUAAUAUUAAUGCAUAAAUCUCCUCCAAAAGAAGCAAUAGCAAGUGCUCAGAAAACCAUCGGAGAUGACUCAGAGAGCAAAGAUAUGGACAUCGAUGCCCCAAAAGAUUCAGAAAAAGUAGUUCCCCUCCUUGAAAGAGUAGAAGAGGAAGACAUUGACAGGAACGCUAUGAACCAGUUAAUCAUGCUAGGAUAUGAUAAGAAUCUGAUAAAAAUAGCUCUACGCAAAGUUGGAACUGAAUACGGAUCCCUUGGAUAUGAUGGGUUGAAUAAAGCCAUUGAUUGGAUCCACAAGAAGAUGCUUGAGGAUGAGCAAAAACUUCUUCCAAAGCCUCAAGAAGUUAAAAAGACAAAGAAAGAAUUAGAAGAGGAGAAGCAGAAUGACAGAUUAGAGCUGAUUAGAAGAGCCAGCUCCGAAGCCAAGAAAAGAUACAAAAAUCUUGAAAAUAGAAUGGAUAACAGGUCUACCAAUAUUUCGAUUGACUGUCAAAAUAUUUCAAAUGUCUACUCUUUUGGUAAAGGAUCAAAAGGACAGCUCGGACUUGGAGAACAUUGACUCCUAACUUGUUUCCCAACAAAGAUAAGAGAAUUAUCUGGAGUGAGAAUCAAUAAAGUUGUUUGAGGACCCAGGAACACCUUGUUUCUUUCAGGAGAUAAUCAUUUGUUCAAAACAAACAUGGCAACAUGCAAACCCCAAAGAAUUUUCAAGAGAGAAUUGGCCCAUUUAAAGAUAGUUGACAUAGCAGCUGGCUCUAGUCAUUUCAUGGUUCUUAACGACGAAGGUCAUGUUUUCUCGUGGGGAGACAAUGACUGAGGACAACUAGGGAUUGGAGAGGGAGCCAAACAAAACAUUCCAAAAAGAAUAGAGUCUCUUAAAAGGAUUUUCAUAAACAGAAUAUCAUGUGGAGCAGUCCAUAGCAUGGCUUUGUCUAAAACAGGAAAUGUUUUUGUUUGGGGAAGUAACAUUAGAGGGCAAUUAGGAUAUGACCCUCAAUCUUGAAAACAACUUCCAACCCCAACCAAAGUCUGUCUGAUGCUAAUAGAUUCUAAUGAUGAAGAGAUCAAGGAAGAAGUAAUACCUCGUCAAUCACAAGAUACUAUCAUGAAUGACGAAGAAGAAAAAAUCCCAGAGUUUGAAAUUCCAGCAGAGCCAGCUCUAAAUAAGAACGAAACACUUGAUCUUGUUACUCACGGAGUAUGUGGCACAUGGAGUUCUAUAUUUGUGACUGAAUCAUCAAAAAUAAGACUUCAUGUCUGGGGAGGAGAAGAAGAAAUCAUAAAUUCUUCAUACAUUCUUUACCAAAAUCAAAAAGAAGGAAAUAGUAUUAAAUAUCUUAAAUCAAGAGGGGACGUCAUUCUUUACAUUAAUAAGCUAGGAGAAUUGUACGAGUACAGCAUUAAAAAUAAGAAUGUUAAAUACAUCGAGCAAUUGCCAAGGUUCUCAGACCUCUCCAUGGGAACUAAAUAUAUCGGAAUUGUGCAUCACGAUAACACCCUUCAUAUGAAAGGACUAAACAAGGAUGGACAGUUAGGAACUGGAGAUAAAGAAAAUAGACUUGAAAAUUUUGAACAGAUAACUUCUUUGGAACCUACAAGAAUUGAUAAAAUAACAUGAGGUCUUUCAAACACUUGACUUAUUUCCAAACAAGAAGAGACAAAGAUGGAUAUCAACAUGGCCAAAGUUAUUUUCAAAAGGCUUUUUAAGUCAAACGAUUCUAAGAUUACAGACAAGAUGUUCAAAGAUAACCAAAACCUUGAGGACCUACUGAUGCUUAUAAUCCAACACAUUGGUUCAAAAUCAUUUAACUACACGAACAGCAGCUCAAAAAUUUUAUCAGAUAUCAUUGAGGAAUGAGAGAUGCCUGACAUCACUGAUACUUCUAAAAUCCAGCAUUUAAUCCAACAGCUUAAAGAGCUGGCCCAUCUAGUAGUCAAUUGGGGAAUGUCCAAUAAGAAAUACGAGGCUGUUAUAAUAAAAGUGAUCGAUUCCCUUACUGCCAGAUUGGCCAGACUCAUAGAGAUUAGAGCCAGAUAUCAUCCUGAGGAAGAAGAGGAAGACAUCAAAGAGUUUGAAAUGGAAAGGAUCAAGCAAGAGCUUGAAAUGAGAGGCCAAUCAGCCCAAAACCAAGCUGAACAGAGAAUGGCAGAUUAUAGGAGAAGAGUCCGUGACGAAGCUGGACAUGAUAAUCCUGACCCUAAUGAAUUACCAAGAGGUCCUCAACCUUUCCAAGAAGAAAUGAUUGAUGAAGAUAUUUCAGACCAAGAACAUUCAAACCAAGAUGAAUUUGAAGGUGAAGGUGAAGAAUAUCAAGAUCCAACUCCUCCUCCACAAAGCACUGGAAUCAGACUUGGAAACUCAGAAUCUGAAGAGCUUGAUCCUAAAGAAGCGAGGCUCAAAUGGCUUGAGAACUUAAAGAAGAAGUAAAUA